AGGUACCGGUCCUUGCGGAAGUAAAAGAAUCGAAGAACAACAACAUCCGAGUUCUUUGUUACGCAUCCUUGACAACGCUUUUGAAGAUUUCCCUCCGGCUGGAUCCUUGAUUCGCUCUGCAUAUCGCAUAUCACACAUCGCACAAUCUUGAUUUAGUCUUUUCAAGCUCACCACAAAAGUGUCAGCCAAAAUGAAGUCCGUUGCUAUUGCCGCUGCCCUCCUGGCCUCGACCGCCGUUGCUCAGCCCCAUGGUCACCACCGUCACAACCACCCCAAGCGAGAUCUCGUCGUUGAGUGGGAAACCGUCUGGGAGACCGCUACCGUCAUCAUCGACGAUGAUUCCACAUCAACCAUUGCUCCUGCUAGCACCGGAACUCCCGCUCAGUUUUUCCAGCCUGAUACCAGCUCUAGCUCCAGCUCCAGCAGCGCAGCUCCGGUAGUCCAGACUCCCACUGUCCAGGCUCAACCCUCCACGCCAAGCACUCUUGUCAGCAUUGCGCAGGCUACUACUUACUCGACUUCGUCUCAGGCUCCCACCAGCACUUACGCGACCCCCACUCAGCAGACUACGGCGGCGCCCGUCACUCCCUCGUCUAGCAGCACUUACUCCGCAGCGGCGCCGACGUCCAGCGCCAGCUCCGGUGGCAGCACCGGCAGUGAUGGAAUUCCCUACAACCAGAAGUUCUCUGGUGAUAUUACCUACUACAACGCGGCACUAGGUGCUUGCGGCUACGAGGAUACCGGCAAGGACGACACCACGAACAUUGUAGCCAUUCCCAAGGCCUUCUGGGAUUCCAUUAGCACUGCUACUAGCUACGGUCUCAACGAGCCUGCGCACCCUCUUUGCGACAAGACCAUCACCAUCACCAGCUCUGAUGGCAAGACCACUACUGCCACUAUCCGUGACCGCUGCGAUGGCUGCGCCGGUCAUGCCAUCGACGUUACUCCCCACACUUUCACCGACCUGUUCGGUUCUUUGACCGGCGGUCGUUUGGAAGGUUCUUGGGUAAUCAACGAGUAAACAAAAUCGUCUGUUGACUUUGGGUAUGCCAUUUACCGGUCCCUUGUUUCUCGCGUCUAGGGAAAUCCUUGGCGUCAAAUCUGUUU